AUGAAGAUUCCCACGAGGACCCAGGGCCAGUUCUCAAAGAGCCUCCUGCUGUCAGCCUUGAUCCUGGCACUCUGGAUGCCCCAAGCCUCCCAGGCAGCCCUCCACAUCCAGAAGAUUCCAGAGCAGCCUCAAAAGAACCAGGACCUUCUCCUGUCUGUCCAGGGUGUCCCAGACACCUUCCAGGACAUCAACUGGUACCUGGGGGAGGAGACCUAUGGAGGCACAAGGCUAUUCACCUACAUACCUGAGCUACUGAGGCCCCAGAGGGACGGCAGCGCCAUGAAACAGCGGGACAUCGUGGGCUUCCCCAAUGGUUCCAUGCUGCUGCGGCGCGCCCAGCCCACGGACAGCGGCACCUACCAAGUAGCCAUCACCAUCAACCCUGCCUGGACCAUGAAGGCCAAGACCGAGGUCCAGGUGGCCGAAAAGCAUAAGGACCUGCCCGGUGCACACCUGCCCAUGAAUGCGGGGAUCGUGGCUGCCAUCAUCAUCGGAUCUCUUGCUGCCGGGGCCCUCCUCAUCGGCAGCAUUGCCUGUCUCCUGGUGACAAGGGGCUGGAGGGGCCAGAGCCACAGGAUGACGACCACAGAGAACUCUGAACGGGGCCCCAGUCACAACACUGGUAACAACAAUGCCUAUGAACUAAUGUCAUCUCCGGUCUUCCUAGUGUCUCCCCUCAGUGACAAGGGGUCGACGAACUCAGCCCUGACCCUGCACGUGCCUGUACCCCUGCAGCCGGGGCCGGAGAACCACCAGUACCAGGACCUGCUAAACCCAGACCCUGCCCCCUACUGCCAGCUGGUGCCAAGCCCUGAAGGAGCCCGGCCAGCAACCCAGCCUGGCCACGCGUCUGGGAAAGGCAGGCUCCUGCCUCCUGCCGUGCCAGAGUCCCCGGCAUCUGGAUAUUUGGGGAGUCCCUUCCCCUGGGGACAAGGCAGCCCCCCACCACCAGGCUCUGAGGCCCAGAGCAGGGAGGCCUGGCUUCAUAGGCCCAGGGCCCUGGGUGACAGUCCUGGCGAGUCAGCACAGCUGCUGGACCCCUUCCCCACUCAGGCAGCUCCAGCCCCUCUCAAAACCCAGUCUCUCGGAACCUGCUGCCAACUUCCGGCCUUGGCCCCCACCCGGAAUCGCACUGAGUCCCUCAGGGCAGUGGCUCCCUUCUCCACCACCGCCCCAGCCCCUGCUCCCGAAUACUCGCAGACGGGACAGGAGGCAGAGCUGGGCCAGCAGGGGGCAGCAGAGGACCGCACAGACUACAGACACACGCUCUGCCACCUAAGGCCGCAUCCGCCCACCCCAGCCUCUGCCCCUGUCUUUACCCUUCUGGGCACCAAGAGAGUCCACCCAGCUGCCCAAGCCCAAAACAUGGCCCUGGACGGGCUCCUGUACCUGGCGGAGGUGUGCAUGGGUUUCGCUGGAGGAGUUUUUAUCUGUUGGACACGACAGAGAAAAGCGUUCCACUACUGA